AUGACGGGGGUUGAUCUCGAGAAAUGCAAGCGUAUUGUACAGUACUUCUGGGACCCGGAACCCAAGAAUGACACCGCACCAGACGCCCCGAUCUGGUGCCUGGGCCAAGAAUAUACGCCCACCCCGCCACAGGACCAGGACCCCUCUGAAGCAGGCCAGUCGAGUCGCGCCGGACUCCCAGCAGAGCACCCGAAUGACAGCGCCGGGAGUGCCUGGCCAGAGGCAUUUCUGGCCGACUUCGAAUCGCGAAUAUGGAUGACCUACCGGUCGCACUUUGUGCCCAUCCCGCGCAGUGACACUCACGAGGCAACGUCCUCUAUGACCCUGGGGGUCCGCCUGCGCAGCCAGCUCAUGGAUUCGCAGGGCUUCACGUCCGACACCGGGUGGGGUUGCAUGAUUCGGUCAGGACAGAGUCUUCUUGCGAAUACCCUUUGCAUCCUACAGCUUGGACGAGGCUGGCGACGAGGGCAUCAACCGGAGCAAGAGUCGGCGCUCCUGGCGAUGUUUGCCGACCACCCCGAUGCACCAUUUUCCAUCCACCAAUUUGUCCAGUGCGGCGCCAACUCGUGUGGGAAAUAUCCCGGGGAAUGGUUUGGGCCAUCGGCCACUGCUCGGUGCAUCCAAAUACUCUCCCGCACAAAUGAACAACCAAAGCUCAGAGUCUAUGUGACAAAUGAUACAUCGGACGUCUACGAAGAUCAAUUCAUGCGACUGGCCAGCGACCAAAGUGGGAUCCAACCUACGCUGAUCCUCAUGGGCCUCCGGCUGGGGAUAGAGCAUGUUACGUCGGUGUAUUGGGAUGGACUACAGGCGGCUCUGCAAUAUCCGCAAUCCGUGGGCAUCGCCGGAGGUCGCCCAUCAGCAUCACACUACUUUGUGGGGUCGCAAGACUCCCACCUCUUCUUCCUCGACCCACACUCCACGCGCCCGGCGGUCCCAUAUCGCGCUGGUGAAGUAUACACCACCGAAGAACUGGAUACAUACCACACGCGUCGAUUACGGCGGAUCCAUAUUAAGGACAUGGAUCCCAGCAUGCUCAUUGGGUUUUUAAUCCAAGAUGCCGCUGAUUGGGCCGAUUGGAAAGCCCGGGUCCAGUCCACACGGGGGAAGCCGAUCAUCCAUCUCAUCACCGGGGAACCACCCAUCGACGCGGGGCACGGUCGAAAGGAAGCGCUGGAUGAAGUGGAGGUUCUGGACGAUUCCGAUGUCGACGCGCUGCAGUGA